AUGCCCAGUGGCGGUAAUUGUCCUCCUGCUUCCCACCAGCGCAACACUGGGGUGGUUGAAUCAUCUGCUGAAUAUUGCGCCCCGGACGUCACAUCUCCCGACAUCGAGCAUGCGCCCAGACCACUUGCUUCUGCUGCUGAAUCUGGCAGCCAGGCUGCCACAUCUCCUGAACUCGGGCAUGCAGCCAGGCCAGGCCAGUACGCCAAUGGCGAUCGGCCGGGCCGCUAUCUGCAAUCACGCUGCAUUUUAUGCUUUGGUGGCAAAACUGGCCAUGAUCCCUCCGCGACUGUUGAUGUUAUAGCUUGCCUAGACGCAUGCUUUACGCAGAAGAGACGAUCCGGCCUUCGUGAUCCUCAGCAUAUUCAUCCAUCAAGUGUGUUUCUGUCGGACGCGGAGGUGGCGGACAUGGAGGCGACAGUUGAGCGUUUGCGCCCCAGCAGACCUCGCCCGAAGCAAACGUUGGAAUUGCCCUCAGACUCCUCGCCGCAUUCGAGGAAAGGCAAGCGCAAAAAGACGGAGACCGAAGUCGAAACCGACAAGUGCGAAGGACCCCUGCGGGUCCCGAAUUCCGUUCUCGAUGGCUGCGAGGCCUCUUUCAAGGCCGCCGACGAGGAACGAGAGAAGGCUAGCACAAAGUUCUUUGACGACACCGGAUUAAUGGCCAUCAUGUGCCGUCACGAUUGCGUGCUCUGGCUUGCCAACAUCACGACAGCGGGCGAACGUCAACAUUACGCUCUGGCCCUCCUUCACAAAUACUUCCAACAUAUCCCUACCUCUUAUCGUGUCGGUGUUCUGUACGAUAUCGGCUGCCAGCUUCAUCGCAGCUGCUACAAAUGGGGAUUCUUGCCUGAAGUGAGGGACCGCAUCCUGUUUUCAAUAUCGGUCUUCCAUGCGUACAACCAUCAAUGGCCAUGUCAAGUUGCAUAUCACCCGCGCAAAUGUAUCGGAUUCGGACUUUCAGACGGCGAAGGGGCCGAGCGAUUUUGGAGCUCGAUUGAACACCUUAUACCAGGUCAGAGGGUUCGCGGUUAUUGGGAACGCCUAUAUGUCCUCAAUAACCAGAUUCAUUUUGACGACAUGUUGCAUCGUCGUACGCUCGGUGAAUGGAUAUUGAGGAAGUUUCUCGUGUGCAUGGAGCGAUUGGGCGAAGCCCUUGAGGGCUUAAAAGAAUGUGGUGUUCCCCUAGCGAUCCUCCGGACUGAGUGGGCUUCUCAACAGGCAGCACAAACCCGGCCUAUCCCCCGUCAAUCCAAGAACGCCGCAAACAAGCACAUUGAUGCAAUAUUGAAAAUGGAUGAGCGUGUCCAGAUCCUGAACAUUGCGAUCGCCAACCUUGAAGCCGCCGAUGAAGAGAACGACGACAAUCUUGUCUACAUGCAGGAUUUCGAGGAAGAAAGGUCGCGCAUUCAGCGCCGCAUCCACGACGCCGAAAGAAAACUUGAUAUUCGUGAUCGAGAGGUGCUGCGGCGACUGUACGACGACAAGUACCUCAGGAAUCGCCUUAAUGCGCUCGCGUUGAAGACUCGUAUCCGCGAUCGCCUUCGUCAACGGAAGUUCGAAUUCCGCAGAAUAGAACGUGCUUUACGGUUGCAGUCUAAGGAGCGCAAGCUAGCCACGCAUGCCAGCGUUGCGAUACAGCGACGUGAACCUGGCAUACAAGCACUUGCGCGCCGAUACAAUACCCUAUGCUCGGAGAUGCGCAAGCUCAUUGCUUGUGGGCAAGCUCCAUCUCGAGCUGUGCCACCGGAUGCUAUCGACCUCGAGAAAUUGUGGACCCUGAUGUUGACGACAACAUCUGGCACGACACCGGUCUAUUUGAUGAGGACGACGUGGCUUCGCAAAAGCCUCCCCGUUGGCUGGCAGAUGAGAAAGUCCGGGAUGGACCAAUGGGCUGCGGUAAACGUCGCGCGAGAACAAGCCACUAGCGAAGGAAUGCGACACCAGUUAGGUCUCCAGCGAAGCGAGAUGCUUCGACUCGCCGUUGUUUGGGCACUACGUGCCGGAGAUGUCCCUUCCCUCGAUGAGUGGAGCGAUCACUGGGGCCCGACGAGUGAAGAGAUGUCCCAAGCACGAGCGGAAGAGCUUACCGUCUCCGCAUUGCACAAUCCGGUUUCGCCGACAGAUUGGGAGGACGAACAUGAUGAUCCAGAUGCUGUUACGGACGACGACGAACACGUUGUUGAUGCCGACCAGGAUCCUGAAGGUCACGAGCGCGAAUCUACAGCUGCCUUGUUUGACAUAUUGGAGGAUUUACAUUUGAAUGUACCGGAGGUUUCUGAGCCCGACGCCCUGACGAAUCCAGGAUUUUCGGCACCCUCUACGCCUAAGACCUAUAUUUCCUCGCCAUUGUAA